CCGCCUGGCCCACAGUCCGCAGACUCUCGCCCGCUUCUCGCCCGCGCCCCGCACCCCGAAGGACGCAGGUACAACCUGCGCGCGGCGCCCACCGCGGAGGGCUCCCCAAGGUGAGGGCAGAAAGGUGGCUUGGGCUAGGGCCGCCCCACACCUGCCGGCUCACGCCCCCUCCAGCCCCGCCCGCCAUGGCCCGGCUCCUGACCGUCACCCUCGGUUGCAUCAGCCUCCUCUACCUGCAGCUCCCGGGCACGCUGUCCCGGCGGCCCGCCAGACCGAGGGAGCCCCCAGCCCGGAACCCUUCCAGUGGCCUGCAGCCCUGGCACCCUGCACCCCAGCCUGCGGUCUGGAAGCUACGCCAGGCCUUCCAGCCACAGAGGAGUGCCAGCCUGGCCUCCGCUAUGGGUCAGCCUCUCCGGGAUGGCCCCCGCCGACACUUGGGCCCCCGCAGGCCCCAAGCCCAGCUCCUGCGGGUAGGCUGUGUGCUGGGCACCUGCCAAGUACAGAACCUUAGCCAUCGCCUAUGGCAGCUGGUCGGGUCGGCCGGCCCACGGGACUCAGCCCCCGUGGACCCCAGCAGCCCCCACAGCUAUGGCUGAGGAGGGGCAGGCCAUACCCCUGCCUGUCCCAGCAGGGAUGCUGCACCCCAAGCCCAGAGCUGCAGCUAAGCCCCCAGCCCCAGCCCAGCCCCCUGGAGCUCCUGAAGAUGACAGUGACUGGAACAGUGGUGCAGGCCCCUGAGGGGACCCCCACCCCACCCCACGUCCUGCGGCAGCUGACCUCAAAUGGCUUUGGACGUGUAAACCCAUGCACACACGUAGACCCAGGCAGAUCCGUGGACAGAGUCUGUACACCAGGGGUCUGCACACCCUGGGAGUGUGCACACUCAGGGGACAGGUGCCAAGCAGAGGUGGCCAGAAGCAUCAGAUACUGAAAACGGCUUCAGAGGGGAGAGGUCUGCCCGAGGAUGUGAAGCAGAAGCCAGGGUGCUGACCGCCCAGGACCACUUCUGGCCCAGCAGGAGAGAGGGGCCAAGUUGGCCCAGCAUGGCCCCUUCCCUGCUGGUCCUGACAUCAUCGGAUUAAAGCCCGGCUUUGGGUGUGCAUGA